GGCGGUGUCAUCUUAUCUAAUCGCAGGAUCGAUGGCGGGGUAUGCAUGUUAGUGCAGUAGUGGUCAAUCGACAUGCUGGGCAGGUCGAACGUUGGACCACUUGCACGUCAUAAACUAUCAAAGGUUCAAUUCCUAGUGCUCUGUUACACCUAACUUUUACGACACAUUGUACGACAUCGAAAUUUCAACUUGCGGCUUUGCACCUAGCGCGAAACUUCCCCCACGAUGCGAUUGUCGAUCUCAGAAAGGCCCUGACGUGGUGGGGCGGGGCGGUCAGGUCCUGGCCGGCCCUCGCCGCUAUUGGCUCCCUGCCCGAUCGAAUUGACUCCGAGGUCCCUGUUUUGCCUUGCUGCAAGCAUCAUGUCAUCUCAUCUCAUCUGUUGAUUUGCUGUUUGCAUUUUUUUUGAGUCUCCAUGAGAACUGGGCUCCGCCCUCUGCUUUCACGAUCUGUAUUCCGACGAGGAACCCGACCGCUGAGCGCAAGCAGAAUGUCGCUCUACCCAACACAAGAAGGCGCCAAGCUAAUCUUCGCGCCCGCGGGCUCGCACCAGCACCUUGAGAUCCCCACUGGUCCCGGCCAGGCAGGCCAGUUCCUCCGGACCGAACACAUUGGCGGCCUGAAGCGGAGCGACCUGGACCCAAAGGACCCCAUCGCACAGUUUCACGCCUGGUUUCGCGAGGCAUCCCAGUUCGGGUCGGGCGUCUCGCACCCGGAAACGUGCACCCUGUCCACCGCGCAGCUGCCGUCGGGCCGCGUGUCGGCGCGUAUAGUGUACAUGAAAGAACUCGACGCGAAAGGAUUCGUCAUCUACAGCAAUUUCGGCACCAGCGGAAAGGCGAGGGAUUUGUUCGGGACCGCAGACGGGUCGAGCACGGGCAACCCGUGGGCGUCGCUGGUCUUUUGGUGGGAGCCGCUCGAGAGGCAGGUGCGCGUUGAGGGAAGGGCGGAGCGGAUCCCCGCGGUGGAGAGCCAGGCGUACUUCGACACUCGCGUGAGAGGCAGCCGGAUCGGCGCCUGGUCGAGCAGGCAGAGCGCGGUCCUCAAGCCGGAUGCGAGCAUAGAGGGAGACGACGGGCGUGCCAUGUUGGAUAAAUGGGUCAAGGAGACCGAGGCGAGAUUCGAAGGUGCCGACCACAUCCCCGUGCCCGACUUCUGGGGCGGGCUGAGGAUCGUGCCGGAGCGGAUCGAGUUCUGGCAGGGGCGAGAGAACCGGUUGCAUGACCGCUUUGUGUAUGACCGUGUCAGGCGGGACGGUGGCGACGAUAAGUGGACGUUGGAGAGGCUGAGUCCUUGAGCCGAAAUUCAACAGGCAGCAUGACCCAACGAAUGAUACCCGCUGGUCGCGGCUCGAGAGAUCAACAUCUCGAGCCAUGCGGACCGUUGAUUGUGAGUUGUCUUCUAUUUCUGGCCGAUCCCUGUUGCGCCCUUGGCCCCUCUCUCACUUCCUUAGCGUUGCAGUUCGAAAUGUCCCAAACUUUGUACAUACAUCGUUGACGGUUUUCUCACAUUUGCGCAUUAGAAACCAUCGGUAGCCUUGUAGUCUACAUGAUCUGACCUAUCAAAAAUCCUUGGCCAUUGCCAUUGCUGGGAGACUGCAGAUGCCCCCAGCGGACUGAAUGACACGCAAACUUGCAUUUUGCGGGCCAUGAAAUCUCCCACACACCACUUCUAAACGUUUUACUUCGUUCUACCCGUUCCU